AUGAAUCCCUAUAUGAGGCAUGGGAUUGCUAUAAAGAACUUCAACGAGUUUGCCCACUGCCCACAAAAUGGCCUUCCCCAAAAUAUAUUGAUUCAAACCUUCUACAAUGGGGUUACUCCUUCUACAAGAGGAACUAUAGAUGCUAUGGCAGGAGGAUCAUUACUGAAGAAGACUACUGAUGAUGCAAUUGAGUUAUUGGAGGAAAUGGCUGACAACAACAGCAUAUGGCCAACCAAAAGGACUCAGGUAAGUCGUUCCAAUGUUAAUCAUGAUUCAUCUCCUUCUUCUUCAAAAGAUUCAGUUAAGAAAGUACAUGAGUUAGAUCCCUUAACUAUGAUGCAAGCACAAAUUUCUGCUUUAGCAUAUAAAAUUGAUAACUUGAAUGUGAGUAAGUCAACAUCUCUUGUUUGUGAAAAUUAUGGUCAAAAUGGGCAUAUAUCGAAAGAGUGUAAUUAUAAUCAUCCGAUUAUGGAGGAACAAGUGAACUAUGUUCAAGGACAAGUUUGCAGACCAUACUCGAAUAAUUAUAAUGCUGAACAUCGUAAUUUUCCUAAUACUUUUUGGAGAAACCAUGAUAAUCAAGAUAGGGGAAAUCAAGUUAAUCAAUCUCAAGAUAAAAUAGGACAAUUGACCAAUGGAAUCAAUCAGAAAAUGAGCAGUCAAGAUGAUAGUUUUAAAUGGUUAGAGUCUAAGUUUGACAAACUAUUCAAAAACCAUUCUUCAUCUAUACAUAACUUGAAAGUACAAGUAGGGCAGCUUGCCAAUGCUAUUUCCUCACGUGGAGUAGGAAACCUUCCAAGUAAUACAAAAAAGAAUCCUAGGGAAAAUGUAAGUGCUAUUAUUCUAAGAUGUGGAAAGGUAGUUGAUAAAAUAGUUCCCUCGGGUAUUGAUGCUAAUAUCUUGAAUAAUGAAACUAUUGAGCUGGUUUGUGAACCGAGCAAUGAAGUAAAUGUUGCAGGAUCAAAAGAAAAGGAAAAGGAAAAAGAUAACGUUAAAGCUUAUCAACCUAGUCCACCUUUUCCGCAAAGGAUAAAGAAGCAAGACACAGAUAAGCAAUUCUUAAACUUUAUUGAUAAAUUGAAACAUUUGCAUAUUAACAUGUCAUUCAUGGAAGCUAUUACACAAAUUCCAAACUACAGGAAGUUUCUUAAAGAUUUGAUCUCAAAGAAAUAUAGUUGGGAAGAUGCAUGUGUCAACAGUUACCUUGACCGAAGAUUGUAG